AUGUCAAAAAUGAGUAGAAACGUGAAAAUGGGAUUCAGAAUUACCGACAGUCAACCACAAGACACGGAGGAAAAGAAAAUCGAUAUACCCGUGGUAGAUAAUGCAGAAUCGAGGAAGCAAUUAGUAGCCCGUAUCGAGAACAUUACUUCAUCUAUAAUCCAACAGAUAUGUUCGGGUCGAUUGCCACAAAUUUCAUACUCAUCAGAACGGAAUUAUGCUACAGUAGACACGCAUACUGUAAAAGACAAUGAUCCCGAGUCGGAAUUUCACGAAGAACCUGAUCAGAAUUUCGAAGAAAUCAAAGGAAAUGAAACAAGAACGGUGAUCAACUUUGCUACUAAAAGAGGCAAAGACAAGUUGGCUUUAACGAUGACCGUGAUGGCUGCCGCGCAUCGUUUGCUAAUUAUAAACUCGACCAUUACAAGACGAUCUCUUUAUUACGAGCUGAAAAACGAUAAAACGUUGAAUUUAGUUCCAGAACAGGGGUAUCUGGAUCAGACUGUGAAUCGUGUGGCUAAUUUACUAAACUGCUCGCCAUGGGAGCUCAAUUUGUUGCCAACAUCAAAGGGAUUAGUAGCUGGUGAAUUGACGUUCACUCUAACUGACAAUCGUAUUAUCGAUUGCACGGUGCCCGGGGGUGCCCUUAUUCCGCACAAUAUAUCAGAGGUAAUUUCCGUUCGCACCAGGGCCAAAAUGGUGUUGAUUGUCGAGAAAGAUGCUGUCUUUCAAAAAUUGUUAGAGGAUGAUUGUACCUCUUCGUUGAGCUGCAUUCUGGUCACGGGAAAAGGAUAUCCGGACGUGACUACAAGAAUGCUGGUUAAACUGCUGUCUGAGAAAUUGGAACUUCCGGUUUAUAUAAUCGUGGAUGCAGACCCUUUCGGUGUGGACAUCAUGUGUGUUUAUCGUUUUGGCUCGGCUGCGUUAUCCAGAGAGAGGAAAUGCUUGGCCUGUUCGAAGGUACGCUGGCUGGGAAUACAUCCAUCGGAAUUGCUCGCUCUGGGAGUGAAUACCGUUCCCCUCACGGAAUUCGAUUUCUCGAGACUGAUGGCUCUCGAAGGCAGGCCUUAUAUGACCAACGCGUUUAGGAAAGAACUUGAAAUUAUGCGAACUGGUAAAGCGGAGAUAGAGAAUGUGUAUUCCUCCUCGGGAAGAUUUCUAGCAGCCACCUAUUUACCUUGCAAGAUCAAAGGCAACGAUUAUAUUUAACAUUGCUGAAUGAUACAGGAUGAUUCAUAAUUAAAAAUGUACGUGCAGAUUGUAGAUUGAUCAGGUUGAUCGACAAGUUUUGUAAUGUUUGUUCUUUGAAAAGAAACAAUUAAUUGCUUUAACUGAAAUUUCUGUUAACCUACUGAGGAUGAAAAUGAUAAUGCAACGCUUCAAUCGU